AUGUCAAGGUCAUCAAUGUCUCCCGCUGAGGAGAACAACACAACCAGCAAUCCUACCACAAGCACCCGUGGCCGACGACGAUCGCAUCACGCAUGUUUGACUUGCAGGCGCAAAAAGACUCGUUGCCCAGGCGAGAAACCGCAAUGCUCGAGCUGUGUUCGCCUCAAGCAGUCGUGCUCUUAUCCCCCAGCUAUUAGACCCUCUCAGAGCGGCCCUUCGGAGGAGAGAUUGGCGCAUUUGGAAGAGAAGCUUGACUUUUUACUCAACGGCAACUUGUCUACGUCACAACAGCAAAAACCUCUACCAAACGUACCGAACCCCCAGAACAACCAGCAACAACAACAACUCGAAUCCCCUCAAGAAACAACAGAUACAUCCGAAAAGUCCUACUCUGGUGUUCGAAACACCCGCGAGCCCAGCUACCCUACGAGCCAUCCCUCGGUCAAGUCCGAAUCCGAAAACUCUUCGCUGCGGCCCAGCGUAUCCGACAUCGCAGUUGGGGUUGCACUCUACUUUGAGUACUGCCACCGACAGCCAAUAUGGUGCUUCGAGAGGGAAGAGGUCAGCGACUUUGCUGCCAUGCACGAUGAGUUAGCUUGCAGUAUUCUCGCCCUCACUCUGCGCUUUUCCGAGAAUGCCGACCAGGCCAAGUUGUACGCCAACAAUGCAAAGAGCCUUGUCAUGCUGCGUAUCGCCAACGGUACUGUGGAUCUUGCGACGCUUGAGAGUCUUUGUUUGCUAUCUUACUCGUCAUUUAUUGAUGGUAAUGUGCAUCUCGGUCAAUUCCACCUCGGUCUGGCCCAUCAAUUAUGUCGAUCCGCAAUGCUCGACGUCGAGUCCGUCUACGGCAUUGAAGACCCCCAGACAGAGCGCAAGAAGCGGUUAUUCUGGAGUCUGCAAAUGCUUGAGCAAUCCUACGGUCGCCAAGAAGGUCUUUUGAGUGUCCCAACAGAGAUUUGGCGACCUGCCUACUCUACAACAAGAGGUCCCCCACCCGAGCAUGACCCUCGAGCUCCCACACUACCUCGAGAUGACCUCGGCUGCCAACACCAGAACGAACCUGGUAUCUGGAACACCAGCGUGCAUCUCGGUUGGGUUUGGAGUCAAGUCAGAAAAUAUGUUUCCGAUUGCGCGCACAAUAACAUUAAGGAGCCCUGGCGACAUGACUCCAUGUACGCAAAGGUCCUUGCCGACUUUAUGGAGACGGAGAACAGAAUACCCAUGUGCCAUCGCUACGACACAGUCAAGUUCUACGAGCGCAAAGUUGAAGAUUUAAAGAUGCAGCGCGAUUACUGGGCGCCCUGGCUCAAGGAGCAAUUCACAUAUCACGUCAUUCCUACCGUCCUCAACCAUCCUUUCCUUUACAUCGUCGGAGCACAGCACAACCCCAACCUCGCCAUCCCCAACACCUUCUGGAGACGCUCUUCUGAACUCGCUCUUCUACAUUCGACAUGGAUCGUUCGAAUGAUCGACAUGGUCGUUGACAAGCAAGUGCCCCUUGCCGAUCCCUUCUUCGGACAUGUCGCUGCCAUUGCGGCGACGGUGCACCUGUACUACUGCUGCGCGGCGGCGGCCAGGCUAAAGCACAAGUCCAACGCCGACUUUGCCAAGUGUAGGCGGUUCCUCAAGAACUUUUUGCCUACCUCGGCAGCUUGCAGAGCAUUGGACCGCAACCUGGACAAGAUGACUCGCAUUGCUGCUGGUACAUCUGACAGCAUGGAGGUAGAUGACUGGAUGCCCUCCAAAAUCUACCUUAGCGUUCCCCUCAUGUGGAAGAUCCUCCAGUUCAACACAUUCGCAGACUCGCACGAGCUGCCCACUGCUGGACUCCUCAAUCAAUCACUCGUGCCCAACUCGAUGCACGAGGGCGACAACGAGAACGUCACCUUGGAAAUCAUCGUCGCUAGCGCGCCGGAGAUAACUAUCAACACGGCUGACGGUGGCCAAGAGGCCCCAACUCUAUCGUACAAGGCCCCGCUGUCGUCGUCGCAGGGUCCAGACUCUGCGCGCGAUACGGUUUACGACGAGAUCCCCGUCGACGACAGCCUAACGCUGUGCACGACGCCUUGGCUCUACGCGGAUUCGUCGCAGUUUGUUAAUAUUGCGGACAUGGGCUGCGAUGACCCGCAGCCUCCCAUGAGCGAGAGCAGCAGAGGGCCCGCUUGGUGGGAAGGCGAAAACUUUAGUAAUAUCAUGUUUAAUCACUUUUAG